GCGGACUGAGGCGCGGGGGGGGGGAGGGUUCGGGCAGAAAAAAACAAAGAUGGCAGUGUAGACCGAGGGGAGAAGUGUCGAGAAGACGCUGCACAGAAGUAGCAACUUUCAGGCUUUUACCGAGGCGAGGAGGAAAGAGCUUGAAAGCGGCUCGGCAUCGCGGGGCGGACGGACCGGAGAGCGCGCGGUCACGACGGAGAGCGGCCCCGGCGGCCCCGCUGUCGAGCACGAGCAGCACACACUGUUGUUUUCGUUGAGGCAGGGCGAGAGAAGCUGUGCGUUCCCGAGCUGCUAAAGCCAGACAGCAGAGCUGACUUAGACAAAACACUCAGAGAGAUCGUCCGGGUGAGCGCUGAAGUGACCCCGUCACCCCCACAUCUGCUCUUCGUACAUAUGCCGUUUACUUCCUCCAGAAGCGGCUCCGCUUGUGACGAGCAGCUACAUAUGAACCGAAGCUCAUUAUUUCGAAACAGUUCACACACUGUUGGCUGCAUUGUUGGCUGCUUGGCGACUCCGUUCGCGUAAUAAAGCCAUUUCAGCCCCGGAGACUCUGCGCUCCAAACAGGCUCUCGACUCACUCGCUGCGGAUCCGACGCGGGCGUCUGCGAUGGAAGAGCGGGGAGAGCUGGCAGUAGCGGCCGCUCCUGGCUCCUCCUCGUCCGGCCUCGGCGUGGGGCCGGUGGGGGGCGCCCUGGAAGCCGGGCAAGCGAACGCUGGACUGGCCGGGAUUCAGGAGGAGCCCGGCGGGCGGAGGGACGCUUCUGGACCGGAGACAGACGCGGACGCACCGCCCAAGAAGCGCGUGAGGCUGCAGGAGGGCGAAGCGGGGAAGCUCGAAGAAAGGCUGUACUCUGUCCUGUGCUGCACGGUGUGCCUGGACCUGCCCAAAGCCUCCGUCUACCAGUGCACGAACGGGCACCUGAUGUGUGCAGGCUGUUUCAUCCACCUGCUGGCGGACGCACGACUGAAGGAAGAACAGGCCACGUGUCCGAACUGCCGCUGUGAGAUCAGCAAGAGCCUGUGCUGCAGGAACUUAGCAGUGGAAAAAGCAGUGAGCGAACUGCCGUCUGACUGCAGCUACUGCCUCAAACAGUUCCCUCGCUCCAGCCUGGACCACCACCAGACAGAGGAGUGCCAGGACAGACUUACACAAUGUAAGUACAAGCGGAUUGGCUGCCCAUGGCAGGGGCCCUACCAUGAGCUCAGUGCCCAUGAGGUGGAGUGCUGCCACCCAUCCAAGACUGGCAUUGAACUGAUGGGUAUCCUGGAGGAGAUGGAUCAGAGUCAUCGUAGAGAGCUGCAGCUCUAUAACAGCAUCUUCAGCCUGCUCAGUUUUGAGAAGAUCGGAUUCACAGAGGUGCAGUUCCGGCCAUAUCGCACAGAUGACUUCAUCACGCGGCUGUACUACGAGACGCCGCGCUUCACCGUGCUAAACCAGACAUGGGUGCUGAAGGCGCGCGUCAACGACUCUGAGCGCAACCCCAACCUGUCGUGCAAGCGCACGCUCUCCUUCCAGCUGAUCCUAAAGAGCAAGGUGAACUCGGCGCUGGAGUGCUCCUUCCUGCUGCUCAAGGGUCCGUACGACGACGUGAAGAUCAAACCCGUCAUCCAGCACCACGUCUUCUCCAACGACGCCAACGAGACGGAGUAUGCGCCGCUGCCCAUCAGUGACAGCGUGGAGUGCAACAAGCUGCUGGCCGCCAAAAACAUCAACCUGCGCCUCUUCAUCUUUCAGAUCCAGAAAUAGAGAAGAACGGGAGGAGAAAGAGAGAGAGAGGAGCUGGCGAGGGGAGGCAGGGGUUGAGAGAUUAAAGAGAGGAAGGGAGAAGAAGAAGCACCGCUGAACCACAGAUACCUCGACUAGAACAAGGAUUUAGAAAGAGAGAGAGAUAAAUAGACAGCCCAUAAGAACCGCAGUAGAUUCAGUUUGUUCGUUUGUUUGUUUGUGUGUGUAUGGUUAAUGGAAAUGCUUUCAGAUCCUUUAUGGUCCAAAAAACGAGUCUCUGUUCAUCAAUGAUGUGACCCAGCGCCGUGCUGACCCCUCGCUAGGAAAAAAAAGCAAAAAAAAGCAGGACAAGUCUGAAUGGACACCACCGCCAGAGCGUAUGUAUGGAAGUGGGUGCGCAUGCAUGCAUGCGUGUCUUAUGGGUGUGAGUGCAUGCAUGCAUGUAUGUAUGUAUGGGAGUGAACAGAGGGAAUCCAUUUCUGUGACUGUGAGACAGAGACAGGUUUGUUAGAGGUCUAAUCCAGGAUGCACUGGGUUUGACGUUUUAUUUUCAUCUGCCUGCAGUUUAGGCAGUGUUAUUCACGAUAUGCUGUGGUACUGUAGAUGUGUGUGUCCAUGCAGUGUUCUCUCCUGCUCAGAACCCUCCUCUCAAGGCUCACAUACACACACACACACACACACACAAAAUGCCCACCCAGCAGAAAAUAGGCUGCACCUGCUUUAAAUGUAUUUUUGUAAGUGAAGGCGGACAUUUUACUUGAGGCACAGUAGGUCAACCGGCCUAAUCCAAAUGGCUGCCGACCUCUGAACCAGGCUGACGAGAUUUUUGCAUGUUUGCAGUUUUUUUCUUGGUGUGCUCUCAGGAACACACACUUUUAGCCCCGUAGCAUUAUAGUCUUGUAAGCUAACUUAAGUUUGACCUUUUUAACACAUUUAUUUAAAAAUCUGUGAAACUUACUCUUUUUAUCUUUUAUCUUUAGAGUUUGAUUUUGUCAUUUCACAUUUUUCUCUCCUGCUCCUACAAGAACAUACCUGCACGCAGAACCCCACCCACCCACCCACCCACCUCUUAGUUGGGUGAGAGAACGACAUCAGCAAUCCCAUCACUAUUUAUUACUUUUAUUUAACCUGCACUCGUUACCAUUGGCAACAGAGACUCUUCUUAACCACGGAAACAGACUGGACGAAUAACGAAAUCUGACUGGGAACCACUGUUACUGCCCCUACCUGUACACCUUCAGAUAAACACACGCACAUGCACGGGGAACCAGAAAGCCAGAUGGGGUAUAAUCAGAUCCCAGUAGGGUUGAAGUCAGCUGUAACUCAUCAGUUUUAGACAUACUUGAAUUCUUGCAGGAGAGGAAGACAGUGGAGCUGAUCUAGACUGUGCUUUCAGAAUCGAGGAGUCUAGUUUGAACCUGUUUCUGUAUUUAAAAGCUUUUAAUUCUCACAUUACACUCUGGCUGUAUUUGUGCCUUUCUAUUAAAGCUCAUCUAAACCGAA